GUCUCCCUGUUAAGUGUUUACCAUACAUAAUAUUAUGCGGGGACAAUUUUACAGAGACUGUCUCACGGCACUUGUCAAAAGUAUUUCGCCGUGUUAAACCUCUAAAACUGGUUCAGUUACUGAUUAUCAGAACUAGCACUGAAUAACUAUAAGAUUGCUAUCUGUGGUACUGCUCACGUCAAAUAUACGCGUGGUAUAUAAAACUGUUACAGAAGUUACGUUAGUACCUGCAUGUGCUCUUGUUGUACCUUUUGGUGAGGUGUUAAGACUAAAUCAGAACUACCAAUCAUGUUGAAGGAGACCCCAUCAAAUCAAUAAGUUGUACGUGUGAGUAAGAGUUAUAAGCUGCCAUAACGUUAACGUAUCUUUCAGACGACGUCGUCAGAGGAGGCCGGUAUAGUAACAGAUUGUUUAUAUAUAUUGUGCCGUCAGAGGAGGCCGGUAAUAAUAGAUUGUUUAUAUAUAUUGUGUCGUCAGAGGAGGCCGGUAUUAAUAGAUUGUUUAUAUAUAUUGUGUCGUCAGAGGAGGCCGGUAUUAAUAGAUUGUUUAUAUAUACUGUGUCGUCAGAGGAGGCCAGGUAUUAAUAUUGUGUCGUCAGAGGAGGCCGGUAUUAAUAUUAGUACUAGUAAGAGUUAUGCAAUGAAAAAGUGUCAAAGAAGACUUACUGGCUUCGGCUAGAGAAGUUACCUUUAGCUCAGCGGUAUUAGGUAUCCAACUGAGAGUUGGGUCGGCGAUUCGACACUGGGAAACAUGUAGAAAAUGUAGGAAUAUCUGUUUUAUUUCCAAACCCAUUUUGAAAGAGCUCUUGAUAGUUGCUGUCCGCAAAGGUAUAGAUCUAUAAUGUUCUCCAUUAAACCUAACGAAAUGAUACCAGUGUUUCUGGUAGCCUGAGUUUCCUCUUGCCCUGACACCAGGCUGAGACAUUUUGACAGAUACAUAUGUCUCGCACCAAACCAGACAUAGCGUCUAAGUCUAGUGUCUGGGCCAGAUGAAACUUGGAUUAUGUUUCUGAUAACUGCUUUAAAUAGGAUAGGCACAUACGUAUCUUUUUGAUUUUGAUAUUUUUUCAUAGAAUGGCCUACAUUUAUAUUCAUAAUAAUGACUUUAAUGUUAACAGUACCAGAACUUAUUCAAACUUGCAUGCAAAUAUCUAGGCACACAAAUUUAGGGUAAUAAGGGGAACUGGAUACAUAGAUAUUUUAGGUCUUUAACAAUACUAAUAAAACUGGUCAAGAAGAUAACAAUUACAUAUCAGAGCAUGGCUAAAUUUGCAGCAAAUCAAGCGGCUAUCAUCCAAGUCAAUCCACAGACUGAUCUACCAAUCAAAGCAUGGAAGUCUAUGAAGCAACAACAGAAAGUCAUCAAGAAGCGUCUUGUAGAUGACCCCGACUCUCCCAUACCAGAGGGUCAUCUCCGAUUUGUGUGUCUUUCUGACACACACAGUCGUAUAGAGAAUAAUGUAUUAAAGGUACCGCCAGGUGAUGUUCUCAUACAUGCAGGGGAUUUCACUAUGUUGGGACUGCCCAAAGACAUCGACAAAUUCAAUAAAUAUCUGGGUACAUUACCCCACAAGGUCAAGGUCGUUAUAGCAGGAAACCAUGACUUGACAUUUGAUCAAGAUAUGUUGAAAAAUGAACGAGAAGACAUGACCUUCAGGUUCGGUGUGACAGAAGAAAACUUUGAGGCUUACAUGAUCGAGAAUAAGUUGGCUGAUGUCAAGGAGCUGAUGACCAAUUGUGUUUACCUUGAAGACGCCUCUGUCAACAUUCAUGGAAUCAACGUAUAUGGAUCUCCAUGGCAGCCAGCAUUUGGAGGUUGGGGAUUCAAUUUGCCACGUGGACAAAUGCUUCUGGAUAAGUGGAAUAUGAUUCCUUCAGAUACAGACAUCUUGGUUACCCAUGGCCCUCCUAUUGGUCAUGGAGAUUACUGUUUUGAUGGCCAAAGAGCUGGAUGUGUGGAACUUCUGUCUACCAUACAACAACGAGUCAAGCCCAAAUACCAUGUGUUUGGACAUAUUCAUGAAGGGUAUGGAAUCACCUCUGACGGAUAUACAACCUACAUCAAUGCUUCUACGUGUACAUUACGAUACCAACCUAACAAUCCUGCUGUGAUAUUUGAUUUCCCUCUUCCUGAAGGGUGUACCAAGGACGAGGCCUUAGAUCUGUAUGUCAAACCUGCUGUGAUAUUUGAUAUCCCUCUUCCUGAAGGGCGUACCAAGGAACAGGCCUUAGAUCCAUGUGUCAAACCUGCUGUCAAAACACUGACAAAGGCACAAAGUAACGAAGCAAAUGAUGAUGAUUAGCAAAUGAUGAUUUUGAUGUUGAAUUUACUGAUGAAGUGGCUUAACAUUUAAAGGAGACAUUUCAAUAUAUUUUGUUGACUUUUUACUGGAGGCAGAUUUAUUUAUUCUGUAUACACUAUACAAAUGCUUUACAUUUGUUAAUUAGUUUUGACAUUUCAUUUUUAUACGCCCGUCAAAUUUGACAGGAGUAUUAUGGUAUGGCAUUGUCCGUCCGUCCGUC